UUCUUCUUCUUCUUCUUCUUCCUCACUCUCGUUGUUGUUGUUUCAAUGGCUUCGAUUCCGUACAGACUUAUGGAGGAGGAGGCCGAAUCGUCUCUUUCUUCUUCGAAAGAAGAAUCUAGCCCUGUGGACGCCGUACUCUUCGUCGGAAUGUCUCUGGUGCUCGGUAUAGCUUCAAGGCAUUUGCUUCGAGGAACUAGGGUUCCUUACACCGUCGCUCUCCUCGUUAUCGGAAUCGCUCUUGGAUCCCUCGAAUAUGGAACUCAUCAUAACCUUGGCAAGGUCGGCCAUGGGAUUCGUAUUU